AUGGCGUCGUAGUAGGAAGUUACCAUUGUUGACAUUACCGUUCACAAUGUUUUCUUUGCAGAUUUGUUUGGCACAUUGAACGUAAGAUCAUGCAUCUUGUAUAUAUAUGAAAUUAUGGUGCAAAUCGGCCAGUAUGUGCAGACAGUCUAUGACUUCCAUGGAGAGACGGCCUCCGACCUCAGCCUUACAGUGGGAGAUGUGGUCAAGGUCACAGAUGUUGUUGAUGAAGGCUGGGUCACUGGGUCAAAGGUCGGGGGCAAUUCUGAAAGUUCUGGGAACUUCCCUCGAGCUUUUGUGGAACCGCUGGUUCUGCCUUCGAUCCGUACAGGCCAAAAGCUGUUCUUAGCGCUUCAGGAUUUCCCAGCUGAUCAGAUUGGAGAUCUUGAACUGACCAAAGGUGACAUCCUUGUCGGAACCGAAGCUGUGGAUGAGUCAUGGUGGCGGGGCAAGUCUGGACCCUUAAAAGGUAUUUUCCCCCUGACUUUUGUCGCAGAGCUGGAACAAGAUGACGGGCCGAGGUCAAGGUCAGCCAGUGCACGUUCAGGCAGCCUCAAGUCACGGUCGAGCAGUCUCAACUCCCAUGUGGAGAGUGUGCACGAUGGGAUCACUCGUGUCAGCGAAGUCUUUGCUCGUGCGCUUGUCGGCGUGUCACCGCAGCUGGACGGAGAGUUGGCAUUUCAGGCUGGGGAUCUCAUAGAAAUAACUGAGAUUCUAGACGAUGACUGGAUGUACGGACGUUGUCGUAACAAGGAGGGUCUUGUUUCAGCAGUUUGUGUUGAGCUUCUAGAAGAUGACUCAGGAGGCGAUAAGGUAGUAAACUCUGCUUUCUCUUUGUCUUCUGAGACUGGAUCGGUGCCACUUCGACCAGAUCAGACUUCUAAUAUGGCUGGAGUAGGCUCACGGCCUUCUUCUGCUGGUGAGGAUUAUCGUGGGAGAAAUUCGUCCAACGGGUCAUACACAAGUGAAAAUACGAGGUCGCAUGAUGCAGAAAUUACACCCUAUGGGAGGAUCUUGUACUCUUUCACAGCUCAGUUACCGACUGAGCUUUCUGUGUCAGAGAAUCAGAUUGUCACUUUGAUCAAGCACGUGGAUGCGGAUUGGACAGAAGGGGAAGUGGAUGGCAGGAGGGGGUUGCUUCCUACUGGGUUCAUGGAGGUCAUAGUAGAUUGUCCUUAUGCUUACAAUGAUAGUCAGAUGUAUAGUUCCGAGCUUGAGUCUGAUUUAGAGUCGACAAAGCUGCAUUCUUCUGUCGAAAACUAUGAGAAUGUAGAAGCAAAACAAUUUCUACAGAGGGAAACUGAUGAGUCUCAGCAGAAUGGAUUUUUGUCAGCUGGGGAUGCAGCAAGCGAAGAUGUUGGUAGUCUUCCUGUGAUUACUGCAAGUGUGGUCGGAAAAGUUGAGUUGUCCUCAAGUGUUGUAAAUGAAGCUGCAGAAGCGUCUCAUGAAAUCGGUCUGGUUCUCCACGCAUUCACAGCUGAAGUAUCUGGAGAUGUGUCUGUGUCAGAGGGGGAUACUGUGGAAGUGAUCCGGCAAGUGGAUGAGAACUGGCUUGAGGUCCAAACGGAGGCUGGUCUUACAGGUCUUGUGCCGAGGAACCAUGUAGAAAUCAUUGGACCAUGGCCUAAGGUGGACAGCAGAUCUGGGUCUGUUUCAUCUGACUCCACAAGUGCCCCAGUCCCACCUGUAGAUUCUGCGAUUACCCAGCCUUCUGGCCCACAAGAAAGUUCCUUUUCUCCAGAUCCCCCUGCUGCUGUGGAUAAUAGCUCACAAGCAAAGGCGCUAGAGAGUGAAAGUCACCGAGCUGCUGGAUCGAUACUAUCUAUGAUAUCUGACCCAAAGUCUCAAAUCACUACCUCAUCAAACUUAGAGGGUGCAAUCUCAGAAGCUUCCAGCUUUGAAGGAUCUGGGAUUUCAGAAAAAAAAUUGGAUCCUCUGUCUGAAGGGUUAGAGCAUGAAAAGCAACCAGAGAUAGACAGUGGAUUAUGCUUGGCUAGUCAAAAAGCAGAAAACAGAAAAGUCUCAUCAGGCCAAAAAGUUGAAAGGACUUAUACCCCUCGGCGACCAGCUCCUGUAGCCAAAAGUCAACCCCCUUUACCUUCCACAACCCCUAAUAUGGGGCUGAGGCGACAGUCUUUACCUCCAAGGGACAAACCUCCUCUGUUACCAAAGCCAUCAAUAGCCCCCAAACCUUCACUCGCUCCAAAGCCUAAGUCUUUCAAUUCUCCCAAAAGUUUUUCCUUUUCCUACACAAGUGGCUCGGCUGCCCAUCCCCACCGUGCUAUACCUCCGUCUGAGAAGCCUGGAGAUGGGCUAAGAGUUUUAGACACUUUGAUUGAAGGAGAGAUUGAAAAAGCGAAAAGCAGAACAUCUUCUCAGAGCUCAGAUGCUCUCAGUGAUGUGAGCUCAUCAUCGGCAGGAGUGGCCACAACUCUCACAAGUGGACAGAAAGCUUCUUCUGUUUCUCUCCCGCCGACUACUCCAUCAGUAAGCACGCAGUGGAACAGCAGCGGAGAAAAGAAUGUGAUAAUGAACUCUUUUGAUCCUCUCAGCUCUCCAGUAGUAUCACAGUCCCCUGUCAGGAACCAACCACAGCAUCCCUCUGGAGCAUCCAGCCGCAGGGGUAUGCUAGCUCCCUCCUUGAGUAUGAAUGAUGCAGAUAUUGGCAAUAGCAGUGACUCUGAUAGAAGACGUUCAGCCUCCUACACUGAACGUAGCAAAGUGCCACAGAGAGCUGACUGCAAUAGUAGCGUCAAGGAACACCCAUCUCAAGGCGCAGCAUUUGUGAACAAAGCUUUUCAGAUGGAAGUAGAUGAAGGAAAUCUACUCCGUUUAGGCACCACUCGACCACCACCACCGUCUAGACCACCCACGCGAGCUCCACCUCCUAGACCUGUCUCUUCUGUAUCAGUCGACACCCCUGCAUUUUCUGCCAAGCUGAAGGCCCCGCCCCCUCGUCCCACUGGCCCGCGGAUGGCCUCUGCACCAUCAAAGACACCUCUGGUCCCUGUAAAGGUUGAGUCCAGACCAAAGCCUGUUCCUCUUAGGUCUGCCCCCAAGCCCCCUGUGCCAGGUACUCAGAAUGUGGCUCUGGCUGAAAACAAAGAUGCAAAUAAUGUAAACAACAGCAGUGUUACUGCACCACCUCCGCCAAUGACAAUGCAAGUUCCAAGAAGACAGCCACCGCGACCGCAGUCUUUUCCUGCCCCUCCCAAGCGCCCCCCUCCUCGACCUGCAGACCUGAUAUCAUUCAGUCCCGAAGGGCAUACUCAAGAAAUAGAGGAAGAGGAUGAUGAAACCAAAAAAGAAAUGAUUGCGGAUCUGAAGGCAAAGCUGGAUGAAAACCAGGCUGAUAUUAAGAAAUAUGAACAGACCAGGGGCGACCUACAGGCCAGUCUGUGCCGCGCCGAGGAUGCCACGAAAGAGGAGGAGACGAGGGACAACCUGGACUUUGUCAGCAGCACGCUGGUGGGUCUCCGGGAGGAGGAGCGGAGUCUCAAAGAGAAUUUAUUCGCCCUCAGCCCGCAAGAGGCCCGGCUUGAGAAGGCACGCCUGCUCGCCGCUCAACAUGCAGAGGAGGAGGAGCGAAGGAAGGAGGAGGAGAGGAAGAAGGCAGAGGAGAUGAAGGAGAAACACCGUGAGCAGAGGGCAAAGGUCAUAGAUGAGAUCCUGGAGACGGAGAAGGAUUAUCUGGUCAGCCUGCAGCUGUGUUGGGAAACUUUCCUUGAUGGCCAGGAGCCUCCCAGUGGUGUGGACCUACACUUCCUCCUGGGCAACAUGGAGGAGAUAGCAGACGUGAGCCAGAAACUGCUGGUCAAUCUGGAAACAUGUGUGGCAGGCAAGACGUUUGAAGAACAGACUGUUGGUAAAUGCUUCACAUUCUUUGCGGAAGACAUGAAGAACACAUAUGCCCCCUACUGCCGUAACCAUGACGACGUAAUCACAGCAAUGGAGCGUUACUCAGAGAACCCGAGCAUCGGUGACUACUUCAACCUGAAGCUGGAGACGAUGCGAGAGCAAAUGAAUGUCUUUGAUGUAGCAGGGAUGCUAAUCAAACCGGUGCAGAGGAUACUCAAAUAUCCUCUUUUUCUCAACGAGCUGCUUAAGAAUACAGAGGAUGGCCACCCUGACAAAGAAGACAUUGUAUUGGCCAUCAAGGCCAUGACAGAUGUGGCCAAGGCCAUCAAUGAAUACAAGCGGCGCAAGGACUUGGUGUACAAGUACAAAAAGUUCUCCGACCAGACCUUCUCUGACAAGAUCUCAAAACUUAACUUGCACUCAAUCAAAAAGAAAUCAUCCCGCAUCAGAGGACGACUCAGCACCAACUUUGGUAUUGCCCUACAGUGUAGAGAUGAAGCAUUUGAAAGGGAGGAGGCUCGCUUUCGCAGUUUAGAAAAGGCAGUUAGGAUCUUUCAACGCAGUGUGCAGCAAUACAUGGAGCAAAGUCAGGAGGCGAUGCGGUGCCAAGAAUCUGUGGUGGAGGAUAUCUCUGACUUCUACCGCGACAAGGAAUGUGUAGAGGUCACCCGCUACAAAGCUGUAAGCGGGAAGUUUCUUGACUUAUAUGAGAACAUGCGUAAGACAAUCGAAGAAGUUGUGAUGGAGCCCCUGAACUCUCUAAUUGCACUAUUCAACGCUCCGUCCCACGUGAUAGAGAAACGUUUCGACAAGUUACUGGACUACAACUAUCAGCUGGGAAAGACAGAAAAUGAUAAGGAGCUGCAGGCGGCUAAAAAUGACUAUGAAGCCAUGAAUGCUCAGCUUCUCGAUGAACUACCGAAGUUCUACAGUGUGGCUUUCACCUUGCUACGACACUUUGUGGCAGCGUUUGUUCUGGCUCGACGCGACUUUAUGGAUCAGGCGCUUCGAGAGAGCUGUGCACUUUUAGAGCUGCCAUCCAUUCUUGGCAAGUCAAACAUGAUGGAGACGUUCAACAUUCGGCACACAACAGCCUUUGACCACAUGUCACUGAAAAAUCUAACUUUAUUUAUGCAGUCACAGCAGCAGACCACAAGUCCUGGAUCACAGAGUGAGAGCCAGCGUGCGUACCUACGUCAACAGUUUGUCCCGAGUAAACUGUUCACGGUGACCUCCACCCACAACGCUGUGGACCUCAUGGACAUCUCACUCACAGAAGGGACACUGGUGGGCGUGGUCAAGGAGCUGGACCCCAUGGGCAACAAAGAGCGCUGGUUCGUCGACGAUGGUGUGACAAAAGGCUUCGCUCCGUCCAGCAUCCUUACGCAGGCCUCGGCCUCCCCUCCGGGCAGUCAGAGCCACCUGGUGGUAGAUGACGACGUACUCUCUGUACACUCCUACGACAGCGGCGGCGGGGGCAGCGACAACAUCAGCAUCAACGAUGGUGGCCGUGUCACUUACACUGCCUCUUCUCCCCCCGGGGCCAGUGGUGGUUCUGGAGACCAUGCUGCAACAUCUCAACAGGAGCCUGAGGCGCCUCAGUAUCAGUAUUACUACGCACUCUACAACUUUGAAGCACGGCACCAGAACGAGGCGUGUCUGACGGCCGGUCACCCAGUGACUGUUCUGGCUUUCCAGGAUGUAGACGGCAACUCAGAGUGGUGGCUCGUGGACUCUGGUGGGACUCGAGGCUACGCUCCAGCCAAUUACAUGGCUCCUAUGCCCUACAGCUAACACUGUUAUUCUCUCAGUAGUAAAAGAAGCAGUGUGUUGUGGUGGCUCAUGAAUGCUAAAAUUGAUCACCAAAUUGUAUUGAUUUCCUGUUGUUCAAAUCGCUGAUGGCAUAAGGGGAGGUGUGCUGUAGUGGUUAAUAAAUGAUCAAAUUGAUCUUCCAGUUAUGUUGAUUUCCUGGAAUUCUAAUCAGUAAUGGCAUGAGGGAGUGUACUGUGGUGGCUAAUAGAUAAUUAGAUUGGUCACCUUUUUGUAGUGAUUUCCUGGGGUUCAAUUAUUGUUUUGGGGAUAUUUUUUGUUGUUGGGGGAAUCAGUCCUUCAAGUGUGGCUUCAAGAUGGCUGUGUCUGUGUUUCAAGUGCUAGUAAUAAUAAUCCAAUAACAGUUCCUGGAAUGAUGCUGCUUCUGUGACUUGAUAUCUGUUCUUGCAUGCUCUUUAGUUGUUUAUUAAUUUAUCUAUUUAGAUGCAGAAGCUAACCUAUACUUAUCCCGGCCGGCAGAUAUUCAAAAAUGAAAAUGUGUCUUACCUUGUACAUCUCGUAGUUUUUUGUUUGUGUAUGUUUGUUUGUGGGUUGUUUUUUUUUUCAAAUUAAUGUUGCUAUGACUUUGUUCUUAGUAGUUUAGUCUUUCUUCCCUUGUGUGUUUUUGCUAUGGUUUAUAGCUUUCAUUCUCAGUAGUGCUUCUGUUACACUUUUGACUGACAUGUUUUGUAUAUGGUGGCCUGGGAAAACCUGACUCUUUAUCAUUUACUUUACCUUUUAAAUUGAUACUGAAAUUUGAAAGCCCUUAGAUUUCCCUAUGUGCCACAGUGCAAUUUUAUAAAAAUGCAUAUGUAAAUGCAUGGAAGAACUUAAGGAUUAUAAAGUGGAGAAAAAUGCUUUUUGAGGGAAGCACUUAUUUUCCAGAAUAUUGAGGCACCAUUUGUCAUCUUGAAGGAUACUCACGCCUGAACCAAACCUGCCAGUAACCAAGCCACACCAGUCAUUUCUAUUGAUAGAAUACUACCAGAGCUCUUAAAAACUCUAUCAUUCUCAUCUGUUGGAUGAGGAGACGCAUAAUUUGACUACUGAGCAAUUUGUCAGAUUUACGCUCCACAACAUUUUUUUUGUCGUAUUUGAGCUUUGUUAACUACAAUUUUGUCAGACAGAAAAAAAUUAACGAAAGAAAUGAAAAUGAUACAGGUUCAAAUUUGGUAGAAGUGCAUGUUAAAUGAUCUUUGAGCUGCAUCUCAGAUCAGGUAAAUUUUCCCAGGUCACCAGUCUUAUAAAUGGCAUCUACAUGUCAUGUUUCUGCCGAAAUGUCUGCCUUUUAAGGUUAGCGGUUUGAAAGUGAAUGGCCAGGAUCAGAGGCCUCUGUGGGUUUUAUGAUGAAAGUUGUCUAGCACAGAUUUUAAGUGCUUCUUCGGCCAGUAUUGUGACAAUCGAUGAUAUCAGAUUGGAGUAGCCCCUUCUUAGAUAGUUUUUUUCUUGGUCUGAGCAAUGAGGUUCUCUUGUGAAAUACUGUUAAUGCCUUUGAUGAAGGCAUCUCUUAGAUCAAAUGUGUUUGUUCUUGCUUUGGUAAGGGAAAUGUCACACUUAAUAUUAUUUAUUUGCCUUUUUUCUGUCACCAUCUUAGCGUAUUAACUUAUUUAUUGAUCAAGUUGUCCUUCACAAUAAUACCUUUUCUGUUUUUCACUUAUAGUAUCACUGUUGUCCCUCGAUAAUUUCUUCUUAUCCCAUGUCAUGAAAAUCCUGAUUUACAGAUAUUCUGUUGUUGUAAACCAGGACUAUAAACAGCAUGGUGUAUUGAAGAUUCAUGCAGCAUUCAUCGAGUCAUGAUCAUAAAGGGGAAGACAUUGUGAGGUUUUCAUGUGACUUCGAAUAAUUCUAAAUGGUGUGUCCCUUAGUUGAUUGAUGAACAGUAUUUCGAAGUUUGGAAAUUUCUCUCACUAUUCCUGAACAUCUUCUCUUUCCGGUGUCCCCAUAGGGAAACAAGUUCUUUACCCUCAAAAGUACCUUCAUCUUGUUUCAUACAGCAUUAUACUUUACUUACUCUGAAACUUAUGAAGUUAUAUAAAAGAUAUGUUCAGAUAUCUAAAAGUAUUUAACUGAGUUUUUUGUUACACAUACAUGCAAAAUAUUAGAAUUGUGUACUAAGAACUGCAUUUGACAAACUCACGCCAGGCUUAAUCGUAUAGUCACAUUUACACCUGUGUUAAACUUAAGUACAAACGUCAAGAUUUUUGUUCAUAAACAAGUAUUUAAUAAUUUUAUUUUGUUACAGGUCCAUUCAAAUUGCAAAAUAUUAGAAUUGUGUCCUAAGAAUUGCAUUUGACAAACUAGUAGUGGGCUUAAUCGUAUAGUCAGUUUCAUCUGGGUACAAACAUCAAUGAAUUUUGUUCAUAAACAACUGGCUCUUAAAUUUUAUUGGGCAUUAGCUUUCUGAUAAAUGGGAGUAGGCUAAUUCUGCAGGUGUCUGAGGUGCGGUCAAUGAAAAUUCUUUAUAAUUCAAUAUUGCAAGCUAAAUUGUUAUUUUCAGUGUAAGCAUUUUACAUUGUAUGCACCCUAUUAUAAUAUAUCUGUUUCCUGAUACCUUACUGAUAUUUUGAACCGUAUUAAUUUACCUUGUGUCAAUAAACCUGUUUGCAACUCUCAACUA